AUGCUGGCGGCGCUGCUACUCUUCGUCGCCGGCGCGUUUGGCCAACAAGUCUACCUUCAUAUACACGGCCCAAAUGUCCCAUCUGCAUGCAAAGCAACUCCCACGCACCAAGCUUUCGGCAAGACUCCAAAAUACGAAUUUUCUCAGUUCAGAUACACCAAUACAGAAACGGUCCGCACGGCAUCACCAGUACCGACAUUCAGCGCUAUCCCUCAGUACGCUCCGCACUAUGCUCAAGUAAAGCACUUGCUUCCGAGCUUGUCAACGACAUCGUGGGGUAACUGGUAUGCUCAACCAUCCAAAGCGCCCAUUCAUGACCCGAAAGAUCCAUACGGCCAUUUUGCCUACUCGCAACUUUGGGAAAAUGCCGGUGUGCCAAACUUCACUUCGAGAGGACUCUACUCAACUACUGUGCGUCCAACUCCGGUGCCCACUGCAGAGCUUGUCCUUCCACCACCGCUGCUAUUUGAAUCAUCGGACUGCUACCCAGUUCCUCAUGAUUUCAUCCUCGGAGUUGCUGGUUCUGCAGCACAGAUUGAGGGUGCCAUUGCGGAUGAGGGCAGGGCGCCGGCUAUCCCAGAGAUAUUUACAUUCCUCCCACCAGAGAUAGCCGCCAAGUUGGGUAUUACCAACAUAUCGCCGAACUACAUUACAGAUGAGAAUUAUUAUCUCUAUAAGCAGGAUAUCGAGCGUCUUGCCAACAUCGGGGUUCGAUACUACUCGUUCAGUAUUGCCUGGUCUCGCAUACUGCCAUUUGUCUUCCCCAACACUCCUGUCAAUUCCCAAGCACUAGCACACUAUGACGACCUGAUCAACUUUGCUAUUUCCAAAGGCAUCAGUCCCGUUGUGACUCUUCAUCACUUUGACACCCCGUUGCAGUUUUUUGGAGAUAAUCAGACGGAAAUACUUACUAAUUCCAACGCACGGUGCUAUCUUGGGACAUCGAAUCUCGGCUUUCAACACGACCGCUUUGAGGAUGCUUUUGUGAAUUAUGGCAAAAUUGUCAUGAGCCAUUUUGCAGAUCGAGUGCCCUUCUGGUUUACCUUUAACGAACCUCAGGUAGGAACAGUCAAUGGGCUGAGCAUCGAUCACGUUCUCAAGGCUCAUGCCAAGUUGUAUCAUUUUUACAAAGACGAAAUUCGUGGCACUGGCAAAAUAUCCAUGAAGAUGGAAAUUCCUCCGGGUGUCCCCCUUGACCCCUCACAAAAAUCCCAUGUUGCUGCAGCUGCACACUUUAAUGAUCUUCAGCUGGGACCUUUUCUCUAUCCCCUGGCUCUUGGAGAAGACUAUCCUGCUGCGUAUAAGAUGACGGUUCAAGAUUAUGUGCCGUUGAGCAAGGCCGAUCUAUGCAAUCUCAAAGGAACGCUAGACUUCAUCGCAAUGGACGUUUACACUGCCCCUAUCAUUUUCCCUGUUACCAACAACAUCGCUGCCUGCGCCGCAAAUAACCAAACUAGCAACGCAUUGUAUCCCAAUUGCGUCGGUGUCACUGAGACAACUUCAAAUGGCUGGCUGAUUGGCCAGCCCAGUAAUAGUAUACAGAUGUAUACCACACCAACUUACCUACGCACUCAGAUAUCGUAUCUUUGGAACACAUUUCGUGCUCCAGUCAUGGUAACGGAAUUUGGACACUCUACAAACGGUACAGCAAAUCCGCCACAACUCAACGCUAUUCAAUACGAUACCGUGCGUUCUGAGUUCUAUAUAUCCUUUUUGAGGGAGAUGCUCAAGGCUAUUUGGGAAGACCAUGUUCACGUUCUCGGAGCCUUUAUGUGGAGCUUUGUUGACAGUUGGGAAUGGGGUAGCUUUGACUCUCAAUUUGGGCUGCAAUAUGUUAAUCGCACUACGCAACAAAGGACAUAUAAACGCAGCUUUUUCGAUGUUGUAGAUUAUAUAGAGAGUCGGAGAUCUCAGCCAGGCCGUUAA